AUGAAGAUUCCAGAGACCCAGGUGCGUUUUAUUGAAAGCGUUCAGACCGCACUUUGCAAAUAUGAGGCGCAGCUAAAAACCAUCAACAACCAAAUCUGGUCGAAUCCAGAGCUUGCUUACGAAGAGUACAAAGCCCACGAUCAUAUCUGUGAAUUGUUUGAUGGCCUCAAGACUGAGGGUUACCAAGUCCGCCGUAGCGCCUAUGGAUUAAAAACCGCUUGCGAAAUCGAAUACACCCAUGGUUCUGGUGGUCGAGUGGUAACGUUCAAUGCCGAAUACGACGCGCUUCCUGGAAUCGGCCAUGCAUGUGGACACAAUCUAAUUGCAACCAGCUCCAUAGCUGCGUUCAUAGCUACCUGCGAAGCCAUCAAAGCACAAUGUCCUGAUGGACCCGGCUGCACGGUUCGUCUUCUCGGUACUCCAGCGGAAGAAUCCGGUGGUGGGAAGGUACAGUUGCUGGAAAAAGGCGCGUAUAAAGAUGUGGACGCAAGUCUUAUGGUACACCCCCUCCCGAUCAUCGCCAACGAUCCGGAACUGUUGAGUAUCGCCACGGUGCUCCCCGGUGGGUUUCUUGCGAAUGACAAAAUCCGGGUGACAUUCACUGGGAAACCUGCGCAUGCAGCGGCCGCGCCUUGGGAAGGUAUCAAUGCGUUGGAUGCGGUGGUUGCAGCUUAUGUGAAUAUUUCUCUCCUUCGACAACAGAUCCUGCCGAGUCAGAAAAUCCACGGCAUUAUUGUUAACGGUGGGAAUCGGCCGAACAUCAUUCCCAUGUCUGCAACAAUGGAUUACUACAUCCGAUCAACGAGUGUCAAGUCUCUGAAGCCCUUGACCGAAAAGGUGAUCAAGUGCUUUGAGGCUGCCGCUACUGCCACCGGAUGCAAGGUCGAAUUCGACUGGGGCGUUUCCUACGCAGAUUUGAAGACAAACACGCCCAUUUGUGAGAACUACGUUUCCGCCAUGCGAGUCAUGGGACACCACACUACGUUCGACAACACGGGUAAAGGCGAUGAGCGAUUUGGCGGAGGGUCCACCGAUAUGGGUAAUGUUUCCUACGCGGUCCCUGGAUUCCAUGGGAUGUUCGCUAUCCCCACAGACGGAGUGAACCACACGCCUGAAUUCACGAACGGCGCCGGGUCGUCUGAGUCAUAUAAACGUAGCAUUUCUUGUGCGGCAGGAAUGGCAGUAGUGGCGUGUCAAAUCUUGGUAGACGAUCAAUUCGCCCGAGAGGUGAAGGCAGAUUUUGAGAAAGACCUAUAA